CCCAAUAUGUCGGAGAAAAUGAAGAUAGUUUUGAGCCAACAUGGUCCUCAUGACGACCUAUUUCUUUUGCGCUUCGGUGCGUUUGGGUAUCCUCGUUAUAUGCUUUUUUGCCAUGUGCAAAAGCAUCAUCAUUAUGUAUGUGAUCUUUGACAAUGGCACAGCUUUCAUGUUUUCGGUGAUUCGUAUAUUUGAAAAUGAUGCAAAUUAUCGAACGAGUUUUAUUGUUAAAGAAUCCAUCAAUUGGGUGGAGAAAUAUCCCAGGGAAAUAAUGAUGGUUGCCCAACUCUACAGCUUUUGUCAUAUUCUCUCUUGUAUUUUGGGAGCCUUUGGUGCUUAUAGGCUCAAGAAAUACCAUGUUAUGCCUUUGUGUAUCUUCGAGUUCCUGUACACCGUUCAAAUAGUUGGGAUAUCGGUGAUUUCCCUUCGAAUUGCACGACAUGUAGUGCCCUUAGGGACCCUGAUAUUGCUAACACUGGCUCUCACAUUCUAUGCAAUGCUUGUGGCCUAUGAUACCUUGGCAUUGAUUGCCUUUAUACAGAUUAUGGUUCUGGUGAAUAGCGAAAAAUAUCAACGUCUUUAUGGCACGGAUCCCCUUAAUCCCAUUCUAUAUAGAGAGGAAGUACUUCAAAAAUCCACAGCUGAAAAUCCCCUGCAGCAGCCACCAAUUAUAAUCUAUGUAAUGCCCAAAGUUGGUCAAAAAUUGUUGCACUUGCAACCACAGAAAUGGUGGCAGGAUAUGGAAGGUUCUUCAAUGGAUACGAAUAUAGAUUCUUCGGAGAAUUUUCAAAGGCAGGAGCUCGUGUCGAAUGUUUUGCUGCGAAAUGCUGUCAAUGGUGAAGGAUUUUUGUACAAAGAGAAGGAACUAGUGACUUCCAGCACUUUUCAUCGGUUUGGUAGAGAUAUUUAGAA